AAAAAGGUUACAUAUGUCCAAUAAUUUCCUCUCAUUUAAAUUAACAUUGUACAUCAAUUUAGUGCUUGUGCUUUAACCUUGUGAGUGAUGUCACUAGAGGGGAGGGUCACUAUCCAAAAAUUGAGACCAGCAAGACAUCUCUGCUUGGAAAUUUCAGCUACCACCACUUCAAGCAGAAAUGCCACCCCCAGCGGGAGAGGAGCUCACCCUUGGCUUUUGAAGCAGCCUUGGACGUCAUAUAGCACCGUUUCUUUCGGGAGGAGAUCCUGGUUUAUUGGAAAUUAGCCUUUUAUUUUAGGAGUUUCUUUAGGAGUAUGUGCUCGGGACGGUGGUGUUUAGCACUAGAGCUGUGCUCAUCCGGGCCACUGUGCCGUGACUCCAUUCUUCUUCAUUCACUGUGAAACUGCCAUAGCCAUAGGAGUUAAAUAGGAAUUCAUUUUUGUGAAAUAGCUAGACACAUGUAUUAUACAUAUUUUUGAUAACCCCACGUCAAGCUGGAACACAAACGGGCAUGUCUAAUCAAGGAGUUAGGAGAAAUGGCCCAGUGAAACUGCGGUUGACAGUGCUGUGUGCGAAGAACUUGUCAAAGAAAGACUUCUUCCUUGUGAAUACAAUCCUCCAUUUUGGCUCCUCCUCCACAGGGCUGCCUGACCCCUUUGCCAAAGUGGUGGUGGACGGCUCGGGGCAAUGCCACUCCACGGACACCGUGAGGAACACGCUGGACCCCAAGUGGAACCAACAUUAUGACCUGUACAUUGGGAAGUCUGACUCCAUCACCAUCAGUGUGUGGAACCACAAGAAGAUUCACAAGAAGCAGGGGGCCGGCUUCUUGGGCUGUGUACGCCUUCUCUCCAACGCCAUCAACCGCCUCAAAGACACCGGCUAUCAGAGACUGGACCUGAACAAGCUGGGCCCCAAUGACAACGACACAGUGAGAGGCCAGAUAGUUGUGAGUCUACAGUCCAGAGACCGUAUCGGAACAGGAGGCCCCGUGGUGGACUGCAGCCGUCUGUUUGAUAAUGAUUUACCUGAUGGCUGGGAGGAGCGGAGAACAGCCUCUGGUCGGAUCCAGUACCUUAACCACAUCACACGCACCACGCAAUGGGAGAGGCCCACCCGGCCGGCGUCUGAGUACUCCAGCCCCUCCGGGCGGCCCCUCAGCUGCGUGGUGGAUGAGAACACGCCGAUCCUGACACCCAACGGGGCAGCCAUCGGUGUGCUGCCUAGCAGUGGCAGUGACCCGCGGGUCCAGGAGAGACGCGUCCGCUCCCAGAGACACAGGAACUACAUGAGCAGGACCCACCUCCACACCCCGCCGGACCUGCCAGAGGGAUACGAGCAAAGAACCACGCAGCAGGGCCAGGUGUACUUCCUCCACACCCAGACGGGCGUCAGCACAUGGCACGACCCUCGAGUGCCCAGGGAUCUGAGCAACGUCAACUGUGAGGAGCUGGGUCCUCUGCCGUCGGGCUGGGAGAUCCGCAACACGGCCACGGGACGCGUCUACUUUGUGGACCACAACAACCGAACCACGCAGUUCACCGACCCGCGCCUCUCCGCCAACCUCCACCUGGUCCUGAAUCCAAACGGCCCUGGUCCAAACGGUUCCCGCGUGGCCAUGGAGAGCCAGAGCCAGAACACUAACCUCAGUCGUCAGUCGAACCAGUUGAAGGAGCAGCAGCCCCCACCGCAGGUCCCGGCGUUGUCCCCGGCCCAGCUCCCCGAGGAGGCCGAGUGCCUCACCGUGCCCAAGUACAAGAGGGACCUGGUCCAGAAGCUCAAGAUCCUCCGACAGGAGCUGUCCAAUCAGCAGCCCCAGGCAGGACACUGUCGCAUCGAGGUCUGCCGUGAGGAGAUCUUUGAGGAGUCGUACCGCCAGGUGAUGAAGAUGCGUCCCAAGGACCUGUGGAAGAGACUGAUGGUCAAGUUCAGAGGAGAGGAGGGCCUGGACUACGGAGGAGUGGCCAGGGAGUGGCUGUACCUGCUGUCCCAUGAGAUGUUGAACCCCUACUACGGCCUGUUCCAGUACUCCAGAGACGACAUCUACACCCUGCAGAUCAACCCAGACAGCGCCGUCAACCCGGAGCACCUGUCCUACUUCCACUUUGUGGGCCGUAUCAUGGGCAUGGCUGUGUUCCACGGCCACUAUAUAGACGGGGGCUUCACCCUGCCCUUCUACAAACAGCUGCUGGGGAAACCCAUCACCCUGGACGACAUGGAGUCAGUGGACCCGGACCUCCACAACAGCCUGGUCUGGAUCCUGGACAAUGACAUCACGGGGGUGCUGGACCAUACGUUCUGUGUGGAGCACAAUGCCUACGGAGAGAUCAUCCAGCACGAACUGAAGCCCAAUGGCAAGACUGUCUCUGUCUCCGAGGACACCAAGAAGGAGUAUGUCAGGCUGUAUGUGAACUGGAGGUUCCUCCACGGCAUCGAGGCUCAGUUCCUGGCCCUGCAGAAGGGCUUCAACGAGGUCAUCCCACAGCACCUGCUCAAGUCCUUUGACGAGAAGGAACUAGAGUUGAUAGUGUGUGGCCUGGGGAAGAUCGACAUAGCAGACUGGAAGAGCAACACGCGCCUGAAGCACUGCACCACGGACAGCAACGUGGUCAAGUGGUUCUGGAAGGCCGUGGAGUCCUACGACGAGGAGAGGAGGGCCAGACUGCUGCAGUUUGUUACCGGGUCAUCUAGAGUCCCACUGCAGGGAUUCAAGGCUUUACAAGGUGCCGCGGGGCCCAGGCUGUUCACCAUCCACCAGAUCGAUGCCAACACCAACAAUCUACCCAAAGCCCACACCUGCUUUAACCGGAUUGACGUUCCCGCCUACGAGCACUAUGACAAGCUGUACGACAAGCUGCUGACAGCCAUCGAGGAGACAUGUGGCUUUGCGGUGGAAUGAGUGACACAUCAGUGGGGAAGUGUGUGUGUGUGUGUGUCAGCGUGUGUGUAUUUUGUAAGGUCAGCUCAGCAAGACUAUAGACUCUGCUGUCACCACGGGAACCCUGCAACAUUCAGGCACGCCCAUGAGGAUUGUGACCACACCCCUUUCUGCCCAGUCCCCCAGGACAAUAUGGAGACCGACUGAGAGGCAGACCACACGGGAACACUCCUCUCUCACCGCAUUCUUUUUUAGAAAUAUCACUUCCUUUUUCAGCUGCUACAGACGAGUGACGAUUACUUACCUUGAAACCCUGCGAGAAUGCCAGCUUUUAUUUUGUUUUUUUGUUUUCUUUUUGUAAGUUUGUAUGUCAUAACGGUGAAAUCCACAGAACAACCAGUUUUGUGUUGGACCAGGAGUUUUUCCUAACCGAAGAAAACUCUGGUCCCUAGUAUGUGCGUUCCGUGAAAGCACAUUUCUUUUGUUGUGGGUCGUCUGGUGCGAUCGAAUACCAAGGUCCAGACUGCAACGAGAGUCUUUUAAAGAAGUUAUUGUUGGCUUUGGUCUGGGAGAGAGAAAUAUGAAGGUCCACGCUGAGUAGAUGACUAGGGCCGGUGACUAGGGGGGGGGGGGGGGGGUUCCUGACCAUGAGCUAACCAGAAGAAACUAGGUCUUACUGAUGACCAAUACCGUCCCACACAGCUAACUUGCCACCUCUUGACAUCAAAAUGGUGCUAACCUGAACACCUAACCCCGUCCAGCUACACAGAGUAGACCUGUUGCGCUUUGGUGAGUUGAACUUAAUGCUAAACACCACUAUAGCACACUGUACCUAAUAAAUCACAACAUUGAAAUUCCUUAUCAAACCCUCAAAGUGCGUCGUUGUCUAGAGAGUGGGAACUCUGUCCCAGGGACCAGGCUAGUUGAAAGCAAUUCAAGGAAGAUGUCGGUGUUUUCAAAGUGACAUCCAACCUAAGAUGGCAGGAUGUUUUUUCCCCCCGUUGCCACUCUAGAGCACUUUACAAACUGAAGGGCGACAAAGGACGUGCUUUCUUCAUAUUAAGUUAAAAUGAAUAUUCCACAUUUUAUUCCAACCAUACAGCAUUCAACGGAAAUAUACAGAUACAAAAAAAGUAUAUCAACCUGUAAUUUUGAGUAUAUAUGUGUACAAAUACAUACCUAUUUUGUAUAUGGCUUGUUCCUCUUUCUAUUAAUUUACUUGCUAGCAUGUUGGUGUUAUCACAGACCUCUGUAUUCUCAGGUGAAGUCAUCUUUCUUUGUGAGGCUGACCUGUGAAAGGGGGGGGAGUAUCUUCUGGUUAUGGAAGCCGUUGUCAGGUCAAACCCGUGACCCUCUCCUUGAAUGAGAGCUGAGUGCAUAACCUUUUGGCCACUAAGAGACUGAGGUUGGGACUAGAGCGCUCUCCCUACUAGAGGUUUUUGUCUAAAAGGGAUACAGCUUUUGUCAAAAUGGACGUUUCGUAGGUUUAGGAGAAUUAACGUAGCAGGUUAUGAGAAUUAGGUUAAGGUUAGGGUUUGCUGAAAUGCAUAGAAAAAUCACCGUUUGACAUGCUGUAUACCAUCUAGACAUGACCCUAAUAGAGCCUCUACCACAACCCUUGCAUGAAUGGACUUUUUUUUAAACAAUAUUUAUUUGCUAUUAUUUUGUCCCUUCUGAGCAAAAUGUGUGUUGACAUGAGAAAAAAUUCUGUUGAAUGUUUUUUUGAUUUUAUGCUGCCUGUUUAAUAGCAAUGGACGUGGACUAUGACCAUGGACUGUAUUCACCUGCGUACAUGCAAAAUAAAAUAGACCCAGUCCAGUGUGUUCAAAGGUAAAGCAGAUUCUCUUCAGAUAGACAAUGAUCAAGUAUCCUGAAAUUGUGCUUUUGUACAGUAUAAGAUAUUGUUAAUGUGGUGGAUCACAAGCAACCUUUUUUUAAUUUUACAGAAAAUGAAUAAAAUGCAUAAAACAACCAGACAUUUUUGCACACGCAGACUUGUGAUUUUCGUUAUAAUCAGCAACUUCCAUCUAUUUACUAAAUAGUUAAUGGACUGAUUGACUUUUUAUGUAGAUAUAUACGCGUAUAGAUAUGCACACAUAAAGCUCAUAUGUCAUAUGCACACAUACAGUACUGUUUUCUGCUAUCUACGUCUAACCAUAAUUGACUUUCACUCAGUCUUAUGAGGUGGAGUUGUUUCUGGAUAAUAGAUGGGACAAUAUGGACGGUUGCUUCUCGUAGCAUGCUUUGCCAGCCGUUGCCCUGUGACUCUUAGUCGCUGACCGGUGCAAUUUCUCACAUGGUGUAAAACCCACUUUCCUUUAUUCUAUGUGUAUGGAAGUAUUGUGUGUGUAAAUUAGUUUUCUUCUGAUUAAAUUUGCUAAACUUUUGUCUGAAAUGUUAACAUGUUUUUAUUUCUCAUUUUUCAGUCUGUUGUAUUUAUUAGUGUGUUCAUAGUUUUUUCACAUCAGCUGCUCUGUGAGCUUCAACUGACACUGUAAAUAAGAAAAAUAAAAGCGGAAAUUAUAAACCUCUUGUACCCUUGCAGAAAACAAGCAAUAAACUCUGCUGUUUGAAACUCACAGCAUAAUGUUUUAUA